CUUCUGAUGUAAAAAAAAAAUUCAUAUUUUCCGUCAAUGAAAAGUGCACGUGUGGUCCUUCAAAAUAAAACUAUGUGUUACUCGAUCACGUGAAGUUUGGUGACACAUGUCUGGUAACUUCAGCUGAUGUGGCUGCUGGUGGCAGAGGGUGACUCCGAGAAGUUAGUCAUCAGAGGAACAGGUCUGUUAUAGGAGGAACCCUGAACCCUGCUGCUCCUCCUCCUCCUCCUCCUCCUCCUCCUCCCUUUACCUGCUGCCUCGCGCGGCUGUAGUGAGCAGUGCGCGCGCUCUCCGCUCAGCAGCAGCGUCUGUCCUCGCGGACAUUUUGAACGUCUCCAGAUGGAUUAUGAGACGAAGGUUUUCCCUCACACCGGCGGCUACGGACGCUACAACCGCAUCGUGGUGCUCUUCAGCUGGUUCCCAAACUUGGCGGUCAUGUUGAAUCUGUUCAGCGACGUGUUUUACACUCUGAUCCCGGAGUCGUACCACUGUAAACCGGACCCGCGGCUCCUGCCUUCCACUUUCCUCAUCAGCAACUUCACCAGUCAGUCAUACCUCAACCUCACCAUCCCCUGGGUGAACGGCACCGGGCUCAGCCACUGUGAACUGUUCAAGUACACCUCCAACACCUCGGACUUUUCUGCAAAUGUGCCCAGGGAGAGGGUGUCCUGCACCAAAGGGUGGGAGUACGCCCAUGUCGCGGGGCUCCAGAGCAACUUUGUCACUGAGUGGAACCUGGUUUGCCAGGACUACUGGAAAAUCCCUGUUCAGCAUAUCUGCUUCAUGACAGGAUGGAUUCUGGGGUACAUCCUCCUUGGUACAAUAUGCGACUGGAUGGGUCGUCGCCGUUGUUUCCUCCUCUCCAUCAGUGUGUCCAGUCUGUUUGGAAUAGCUGUGUGUUUGUCCAACAGUGUGGUGGUGUUUCUGCUGCUACGUCUCUGUCAGGGCGCCAUGCUCGCUGGCGUGUUUUUAUCCUCGUACAUUGCCCGGUUGGAGCUGUGUGACCCUCCUCAUCGUCUCAUGGUUGCCAUGGUCAGCGGCUUCUUCGCCGUGGUCGCCGAGCUGUUGUUGCCGGGCAUCGCUGCUCUGUGCCGUGAUUGGCCCGUUCUCCAGGCUGUGGCCACUUUGCCUCUGAUCCUGCUGCUUUCCUAUUGGUGCUGUGCGUCAGUGUUUCCAGAGUCUCCUCGCUGGCUUUUGGCCACAACUCAGAUUCCCCAGGUGAAAAGGAGCUUGCAGGAAUUCUCCACCAGGAAUGGUGUUUGUCUGCGAGACGAAAUCUACCCCGCUGAAAUCCUGCUGUCGGAGAUUGAUUCAGCAUAUGGCGACGACAGUGAGCCGAGCUACUUUUCAGUUCUGGAGCUGCGUCGGACUCGUGUGAUCUGGAAGAACUGCCUCAUCCUCAGCUUCACACUGUUCAUUGGAACAGGGAUUCAGUACUGUUUCACCAGAAACCUGCACAGUUAUUCCACCAAUUUCUACUUCAGCUACUUUCUCCGAGUGAUAACUGGAGCACUGGCCUGCAUCUUCCUCUGCUUGUCUGUCAAUCAUUUUGGUCGGCGUGGUAUGCUUCUGCUCUCCGCCAUCAUCACUGGACUGUCGUCGCUGCUGCUGCUGGCCCUCACUCAGUACCUGCGUGGUGGGCUGGUCUUGGUGCUGUCUGUCGUGGGUCUGCUGUUCUCCCAGGCUCUCGCCAUGCUCAGUGUGUUUUUUGCCUGUGAGGUGAUGCCGACCGUGGUUCGAGGUGGAUGCCUUGGCCUGGUUAUGGCAGCGGGCUGUGUCGGCAUGGCCGCCUCCUCCCUGAUGGAGCUCCAAAAUAACAGUGGCUACUUCCUCCACCAGGUUAUCUUCGCCUCCUUCGCCGUCCUCUCCGUCCUCUGCAUAAUGCUUCUACCUGAAAGCAAACGCAAGCCUCUCCCAGACUCCCUGAAAGACGGCGAGAACCAGCGCCGGCCUCCUCUCUUCCUGUCCCGGCCCGACAGGGACAACCUGCCAUUGCUGUGCACCCGGCAACCUUUGUCGGAGUACAACCCUGAAAACUAUUCCCGCUUGGUCUCUGCCACCAGGAGGAUGUUGACUAAAGAUAAUUUGCCUUAUAGAAUUGCUGUGCCGACUCCUCUGCUUUCAGACGGUGAAACACAGGAACAAGAGAAUGAGACACAGAGAGAGGUCGCAUCUUAACUCUUCCUCAUCCCCCUCUGAACAGACUUGGAUUAUCCCUCCUCUUUCUAGACAUACCUCUACAGACAGUCGUUCACAGCUAUUGUCUGGCUGGUCAUAACUCCACUGAAAAACUGGCCUUGGCUUGGAUACAGAGCCCAGGAACAGAUUAGUCUCUUCUCUAUAUAUUUUACACUUGAAGCUGUUACUCUGCUGUGGCAUUUUCUCACGUGGAUUUAAGUGAUGCACUGAAAAUCUGUGACCUUCUUCUAAAGUUUUUCUUUUUCACCCAAACCUUUGUGUGGGCCUGAAUGAUCCCCUAUGAGCUGUGUUUUGUGUCUUUUGCGUAAUAUAUUCUCUUGAAAAUGGUCAGGCUCUUAAUAACUUUGGAGUUGAGGUUGGACUGCUCUUGUCUUUUUUUUUUCUUUUUUUGGGGGGGGUUGUUUUCACCAGAGAAGCUCACUCAACUGUGCGGCUGCUGUGGAUCAUGUGAGAAGCAGCCCUUUGUCCAUUUAUUAGUAACUCAUGCAGUUUCAAUUAAGCCUGUCCAUCUGAUUCACCAGCAGUCGUCCAUCCUGAGGAGCACACAAGGCUGGUAAGAACCGUUGUUGUAGACUGUUAUACCGGUGAAGCACGCAAAGAGGGCGCUGAAUGAAGCACUGGUCAUUGAAUGCAAUGACAGAUAUUCCUUAGGUGUUUGUCAUGCUUCCUUGUGCCACUACUAAACUUAACUAAAUUAAACUUAAACUAAAGUUAUUCCAAAUACUUCACUUGGAAGUAUUGGUCACAUGUUGGGAUGUGAUAUGUGUGAGAAACAGCAGAUACCAACCAGAUGAUCAUAAACUCAUGUGCCUGACGUGUUUGUCUACUCUAUAAACCACUUUAUGUUACACUGAAACUGAAAGAAGCAGAUGAACGUUGCAAAUGUCCUUGGACAUAUAGCAGUAGGUUCUGUAGUGCAGAACAGAUCCAGCGUUAACUAGACGGCAUUAAACUGUCUGAUAUAAUCAAACAGUGUUCUCUUUUUUUCAUGUUUUUAUAUUUUUCAUUAAACAUUGAGGACACUGUUGUUCACAGUCUUUACAUCUCGCAAAAUCUGAAAGGAUGUUGAACGCUUCAAGGUUUCUGUGUUUGUUUUUGUGUGUGUGUGUGUGUGUGAUGGGAGAGAAAAAACAUACUACUUGAUUGGCCUUCACGAGAAGCCAUUAUAUAGAUCUAUAAUUUCACCUUCGGCCAACAUAAAAGCACCUCUGUUUGCUCACUGAAGGUCCUGAAGGUCGGAGAAACAUACCUUCUGUACUGCUGUUUGUCCUUGUCAUGUGAAAACUGUAUUAACUAAGAAACAUUGACUCGUUUCUAUCUCAUCAUGGUGCCACACAUGUAAUACCUGGUAAAAUACCUACAUAACCUACAUAAAUAAUAUAUAAAUAGAUAACAAGAAGCCUCAGGGAUGUUGUGUAUCUCUUGGAUGUUACUCUCUGGAGCUCUUCUCAGAAAUAUGGACAUGUACUGAAGUCCUUCCUUUGAGAGUGUCUGUACACUGAUGAUGUUUGUCUGUAUGCCAUUAUCAUCACAUUUGCCCACAGCAGCCUCUUCCUGACAUUCUUAUUGUGGGAUAAAACAGAUGAAUACACUGUGCUGCCGUCUUUGUUAUGAUACUUAUAACAUUGUUGUAAGUCACUUUUUUUUGGGUCAUUUUUUUAAGUUAACUU